GAUGACAGAAAACUUGCCCAGGAUUCGCCCCGGAAGGAGGCUGCGUGCUUUUCCCGGGGUCUGAGUGGGGUUGACUGACUCCCCGGCCGGCAGAUGGGUGUUGGAACUGUUAUUUUCCUGCUGCGAGGAGGCGACAGCGUCGCGGGUGUAUUACAGAGCUCCCUCUUCUCUCUUUCAAUCUCUCCUCCCUCCCUCUGCCUGCCUGCCUGCCCUCCUCUUCCUCUCCCGGGUGCCUUUAUUAGCGAAUGUAUGAAACUUGCAGGGCUGGAUCCGGCGCCGGAGCUGCUCCCCCCCACCCCACUCGCUUCUCCUUUCUGGUCACUAUCACAUGACAAAGCCUUGGAGACAGCUUAAUUUUCCUCUGCUUGCCUGCAAUUUCCAUUUGCCUUCCUGGAUCACAGUAAUGAAAGGCAGCAGUAGGAAUAAAGACCAUUCAACAGACGGAGAGGGGACAGGAAAACGACCAAAGAGAAAGUGUCUUCAGUGGCAUCCACUACUUGCGAAGAAGAUCAUUGAUUUUUCUGAAGAGGAGGAAGAAGACGAGGACGAAGAAGAUAUUGAUAAGGUCCAUCUUCUUAGUACUGAUGGUCUUGAGCAUGAUGCAGAUGAAACAGAAGAUGAAGACUCUUCAGAACAACGGGCUCGCAGGCCAAUGAAUGCAUUCCUUCUCUUCUGCAAACGCCAUCGCUCCCUUGUGCGGCAAGAACACCCCCGUCUGGACAACCGUGGUGCUACCAAGAUACUGGCAGACUGGUGGUCUGUUCUAGACCCUAAAGAAAAGCAGAAAUACACAGACAUGGCCAAGGAGUACAAGGAUGCUUUUAUGAAAGCAAACCCUGGCUACAAGUGGUGCCCACCUACAAGCAAACCUGUGAAAACCCAGUCAUCCACUGUUACUAAUCGGAAAAAGCUGUGGGCAUUCCCAUCAGAGUCUGCAAAAGAUUUGCCAAGUCCUAAAAAGUUGGUAAAAACAGAAGAAAUGCCUCAGCUGAACUUUGCAAUGGCAGAUCCUACACAAAUGGGAGGCCUCAGUAUGCUACUGUUAGCAGGAGAACAUGCCUUGACUGCACAAGAAGUUUCUUCAAGUACCUGCUGUUCUGAUGCAUCUAAUUCUACUGAAGGAUGUAUAAAGUCUCCAUUGUUUCAAUUUGCAGAGAUUUCCUCUAGCCCAUCACAACUAGAUGCCCCUGCAGAUUCAAAAGAAAACAAUGAAUCGGCUCUUUUUCAUUUGUCAGAGUUGGGAAGUCCUGAACAUAUGAAGCACUGCAGGAAGUCUGCACUCUUCCAGUUGGCUGAGAUUUCAUCAAGUACAUCCCAUUCAGGUCCUCCGGAAUUAACAAAGCCGUGUGGGACAUCAGCAUUGUUUCAGUUGGCAGAGAUGUGCCUCGCAUCUGAGGAAGUAAAAGUGAGGGAACCUGGGAAGGCAAAACUAGAAACAUCCAAGAUCAUCAAAGCUGUUGAAUCACCUGAGCAGGUAAAAGUUGAGGAAUCUGAAAAGGUCAAAGUAAAAAUUGAAAAAUCUCAGAAGACAAAGGGUCACGAAAACGUAAAGACAAAAACUGGAGAGUUGGAGGAGAAUGCAAGAUGCUGCCUGGCUGCAAAUCCUGGACUAAACAGCACAAUGCUAGUUGGACCUGACAGCACAACUGCAAAGGAUCCUACCUACUGUUCCCAAGAGCUGGCAUUACCCACCAUCAGCACCUUAGGAUUAAGUAAGCCAGAAAAGCUAAAAAAGAAAAAGAAGAAAAAUAAACUCGACCGGCAAGCACUUGAAAAAUGUACCCCUAAGAAAGCUUGCAAAAAAAGGCAGUCUUCUGAAUCGGACAUUGAGAGUGUCAUUUAUACUAUUGAAGCAGUUGCAAAAGGGGAUUGGGGAGCAGAGAGACUCAUGGAAGUGCCCUGUAAGAAAAUCCGCCCUUCUUCAACAGUGAAGGGCAACUUUUUGGACACAAAAUCACCAAAGAAAAAAGUGAAGUCAAAAGAGAAGAAAGCAUUGAAGGAAAAAUGUGUAGAGACUGCCAAAGAUUCAAAGCCUCCUGAUGCUGUUAAUGUUAUGGAAAACAAGGAGAUGCCAUGUGAGAUACCUGACAACAUCAAAUCAGAACCGCUAACCCCAACCGAGGACGUGAUGCUACCAAGCUUACCAGAGCAAGUCAAAAUUGAAGACAGUGGAUGUAACAAAAAGGCAGAGACUUGUGGCUCUAGAAAAUCAGAAAGAGCUUGCAAGGGCGCUCUGUAUAAAACUCUGGUAUCAGAGGGCAUGCUUACAUCCCUGCGUGCCAAUGUUGAUAGAGGGAAACGAAGCUCAGGAAAAAGUGGAAGCUCUGAUCAUGAAGGAUGCUGGACUGAAGAAAACUGGGCAUUUUUCCCAGUGGGGACAAGUGGGAACAAAAAGCUUAAAAAACCUAAGCCAAAGGAAGAAAUAAUUUUGGGCUUAGCAAAGCUGGAAGAAGAAUUUGAGAAAAAGUUCAACAGCCUCCCGCAAUUCAGUCCUGUCACAUUUGACCGGAAGAGUGUAUCUGUACCAAGAAAAAAGAAAAAAGUUGGAAACUACUCAGCAGACCAGCCAAAAUCAAACAAAGGGUCCCCAGCAACACAAGAACCUUUGGUUGGCAGCCAAAAGAGAAAAGCAAGGAAAACCAAGAUCACACAUCUAGUCCGGACUGCAGAUGGUCGGGUCUCACCAGUAGGAGAGGUUUUGGAAGAGAAACCAGAGGAGCAGCUGCAAAGUAGCCUUCAGAAAGCAACAACAGACAUUGACUUCAGUGAAGAAUCCUUGCAAAACACCCAAUUGGAAGAAGGUCAUAGUAUUACAUCAGGCAUGCCAUCUGUAUCUGCAUUCUUUAGCCUAGCUGCUCUGGCAGAAGUGGCAGCAAUGGAAAAUGUGCACAGGAAUCAGAGGACGACACCUCUCCCAUGUGAUGGACAGCCAAAAGAAAUGUCUCAGGCUCCAGUGCUUAUUUCCUGCGCUGACCAAUGAAGCUCUACCCUAUUGUAAAACAUUGUGCUUUUCCUAAUAUCCUAGCCUUGUCUUUACCAAUGGAUGCUAGUCAGUCCAUGUAACAGAGGAAUCGGUAGACUGGAAAUGAGUGAUUUGUGUUCAGUGGCACAGAUUUACUGAUACCUUGGGAUGUUCCCCUCCAAUCUGGGGCCCAAAAUCUACUCUAAGGGUGAUGUUAUUGCUCUGUUAAGGGACAGAAAUGAAAAUAUGGAGCUUGGUUUUCUAUUGAAGGUUUUUAAAAGUGGUAAACAUAUAGUUACAUGGAGGUGGCAGACUUUACUGUAGCUCACAUAGCAUUGGUUUUAUCAAUCAGAGUUUGGAAAGUAGUUUCAUAUAAUAACUAGCUACUCUAAAGAAAAAUAUAAAAGAGGAGGUGGGACGGAUGAGAAACUGAUGCACUGCACUAGUUACUAGAUAUUCUUAGCCCUUUUUGUACAUGAAGAUUUAAGUUCUGAGAUGGUUUAUAUAAUACGUUAUGCUUGCAUUUAUAUUUUAGAGUGAAUUUUAAGGACCUGUUCGGAGAAUCCAAGAAAGCAUGGGCAGGUGUACUAUUGUUAGCGAUGUACGUACCGUCGUAUGGCCCAGGAGUUCUGCACUUUUUUGUAUUUGCCACCAUGGGGGUAGAGUUUAUUGGCAAAAGAUAUAGACAGGCUUUAUUUUGCUUGGUUUUUUAAAAACUUAAGCAUAAAUAAUGAGUAUGAUUUUCAUUUGAAAGAAAGGUUUGGCAUAUUGAUAAGGACAAUACUACAGAUUGCUGAUUUGUCUUUCAAAUCUUGGAGGGUUCAUUUAUUUUUGGAUAAAGGUCUAAAGUAACUACAUGGAAACUAAAGCAGUGAAAGGGGUUGGGAAGGGGGAUACUAUUAAUAUGUUGUUCAGAAGUGACCUUAGUAUUACUUCACUCCUUGGGGGAAAAGCAACCUUUUCAAUUGACAUGCACACUGAUGUAAAUAUUUUGCAUUUGACAGACACUGGAAUUGUCAUAAAUACUAUGCACAGUCUAAAUGGGCUUCAUUGGUUGUAUGAAGUGCCAGUGCUAGUUUGGGAGGAUAAAGUGCUGAGUGUCACAUUAGUAAAAGAUGAAGGUGAAAUGAUAUUACAGAAAAUAGGCUGUCAAAGAGACCAUUUUCCAGUAAAUGUUCUUUGUCUUGAUUCUACGUUGUAUCUUACUCCCAUGCACACAUCUCAUGCCAGGGCAGAUUCCAGCUAUUUUUUUAAAUAGCCUUUUCCUUCUGCUUCUUAACCACACAGUGAUCUCAGUUGCCAGUCAUCUGACACAGCACACAUGGAGCAACUGAGAGUGUUGUUGCUCCUUGUCUUUUCCAAGUCACAAUCCCACUAAUCUGACGCUUGAUCUCAAAGAACCGAUUGGUGGGAUUUUCACUUAAAUCCCCAUUUUUUGCAUCCGGGAGGGCAACUGUGUACACAGCAGCACCUGUUUGUAUACACAGUUCCUCCUACAGCUAAGGAAACACAAAUGGAAACCUGCUUCCAUACACUUAGAGCCCCUGGCUGGAUCGGGGCAAUGUUGUUCCAUCAGCAAAAGAUGAAUUUAUUAUUAUUAUCAUUAGAAUUUGACAUUAAAGUACACAUUUAACACAGGGUACUUCUUCCACAGCACAAGAUGUUUCCCUACUUGUUUUGCAUCAUAGCACAAAGACUUAACCAAAUGCUAUUGACCAGACCCCAGCAAUAAUUUUCUAUAAGUCGUCUUGUCUCUGGUGGAAUUUUGUGAUAGCGUUCAGUUCAGCGAGACCUUUUUUAUUGAUUCGGUCUCUAUAUGAUGAGAGUUUACACAAUUUUAUCAGGCUUUCAUAAUUUAUACUUGACAGAAUUGAUAAAGGAUGUGUAUUUUGGGUUUGUUUUGGUUUUUGGUUUUUUUGUAAUUGGAUUUAAUAGCCAUAUGAAAAGUGACUCUUAAAACCUGCUUGGCUUAGCCUUUAAUUGUUGUAAUCAAUGCAUGUCUUUCAGUGUCUGUGUCAAACAACCUCAGACAAGUCACCCACACUAAUAAUUGACAGUAAUUGAAAGGAAAGUGUCAUUUCAACCCAUGUAAAAAUCAGAGACUUACUGAAAGUUGCAAAAGUUGAAGAAGUGGAAGAAAGAAAAAACACAACUUCAACAUGAAUGAGAAAGUUGCAUACUUUUAGAAAAUUCAGGUAGAAAAAUCUUCCACAUGCUUCAGGAGCAUGCCAUACAACUUUAAUAAUUCAAUUUUGUUAAAAUUUUCUAAAUUAUUAUAAAAGAAAAUGCUGCCAUCAUGCCAUAUUGUAGUGGUUUUGGAUGCGUAAGCCCAUGUAUUAGCUGUGGUGCAGACAUUUAAGUAGCUGAAAUCCAAAUACCUUAUAGUUCAGUUUCUUCAUCUUAACAGUGGUACUCCCAUACAACGUUUUAUUGAAUUAAGUACCACCAGCCUUCUGCCAUUUAAAAUUUCAAUAUUGUUUCUAAAAUGCAUCUUUAUAUGAAUGGUACCUUUUUAAAAUAUGCAUACAGUUAGUUUUUAAUUAAUACCUAAUACCUUGAUUAUCCUUCUUUCCUAAAUCUCAAUCACUAUCCCUUAAACGAGGGACUGGAUUUGGAUCAACUUACUGACUAUGAGUGUUUUCUGAUGCUUGUAAACUUUUCUGUAGAUAUGCUUAAUUUUUAAGCAACUAGGCACUGAGAGUAGCAGAAACCCUGCAAGGCGUUAUAUUAUGCCGGGAGCGCAAUUCACUUGGAAAUUGUUCUGCACAAACCCCAUGGGAAUGUGCAUUAUUGCAGUUUUUUGCACAGAUCCCAUUUUUUUCAGUGGGGUUUCUUCAAGAUAAUCUCCAGAUCGAUUGUGCAUUCUAGCUCUUCCCUUCCUUUCCUUGGUUCUCUAAAUGAUGUCUUGAUUUCAGUAGAGAUAAUUGCUGAAAUUGUUAGAAUGGGUAUCCCUAACGUCAGAUAGAAAGAUAAACUGUUAGCAUAAAAAAUCAAUCCAACAAUGUACUGUUUAAAUGUUUAUUUGUUUCUGUUUUUAAUUUUCAUUAUUUUGUGUUUUUCCAAAAAUGAAUUUCUGUGGCAUGUAUUUUGAUAUACCAGCAAUGUCGCCCUUCCAUUUAUAUCCACGAAUUCUUGUAGAGAGAGCAAUGUUGCACCUUAAUUAUUUCAAAGAAACCAAAAUAUUAUGUUACCUGCUUUAGUGUUUUUUCCUAUAUUGUUGUAUUAUAGUUUACCAAACCCAUUCUAACUGAGCAAACGCUACCAGUAUUUAUGCAUUUAGCAAUAUUCUCUAGAUUUGAACCUGUGUAUGUCUUUUUUUACAAGAAAUUUAAAUAAGAUAAAUUAUUCUUACCCUCUUCUAUGGUUUCUUAAUGAAAGUGAGGAUAUAUUUCUCAAGUGUAAAAUUUAGCACUGUCCCAUUUCUUUUGUUUUUGUUUAUUUAUUUAGUGACCUUUGAUAUUUCAUAUAGUUUUGAGGUAUACACAGAGUAGCUGAUACCGCAAGCAUAGAAUCAGCUGGGAGAAGAAUACUGUAAUGUCAUGUUCAUGUAAUUGUGUUAGUACUGUAUUAGAUGAUGUGGUGGGAGGGAAAUUCUGCAAAAUAGUUAACAUGUACAUUUGAUUUUGAUUUUCCUGUUAGGGUGUUUUCCAGAAACAAGACCAAAACUGAUGUAAAUUCUUGUGGAGCUGAUAUCAUGCUGUUGUAUUUAUGACAGUAUAUUUCCCAGGAUUGUACUGUGAUUCCAGAAAUAGGAUAUAUUUAUUUAAAGAUGAUAUAGUGUGCUUUUUUACUAAUACAUUAUCUCAGAGUUAUGAGCCAAGGAGUUCAUUCUUCGCUUCACUGUCAAGCUUACAGUUCAGUUGCUAGCUUUCAGAAUUGACUUUAGAAAUAUUGUAUAAUUCAGACAAGCAGCAGGGUAUGUUAGUCUCCAGGUCUUUUUUUUUUUAAUUUGAUAGUGGAUUUGCUACUUCUGAAUAACACAAGUAGCAUACAGGUAGCUGCUAAUUACCUGAGAGUUGCUUGCUCUGUUCACUUGCAAACCUUGCAAGAGUUAUACACUGCCACACAAGGGAAAAUAUAGUACAAAGAUUUUGCCUUUCAAAAUGUUCUAUUUCUAAGGGUUGAUUCAGCCAAUAUUUAAAUGUAGUCAUUGGGGAGGGGAAGUUACGUUUAUUUUGGCCUUUCUACAGAUAUCUACAAAAAUAUUUUUCAAUGUGUUUCUACCAUCCACAGCAGGAAGAGUAGAGUGAAAACAUACACUGAGGCCCUAUCUACACUGCCACAUAAUCAGUUUACAACUGCUCUAUAUGGUCAGUGUAGAAUCAUAUAAUGCAGUUCAGUGCAGCUAAACUGCAUUAUAUGAGUCUAUACUGACCAUAUAAUGCAGAAUAGAUGGCGUCUAGAUUCAUCUGUGUGGGCUAAUGGGGGAUUCCAUAAAUGUAGCCAAGAUUGUAUACAUCUUUCUACAUGUGCAGGUCUUUAGAUAAGUCCGAGACUCACAGAUAAUCCUGCUGUAUGUCUAGCUGGUACAGACCUUGUGUGGAGUUUCCAAUGAAAAUCUGAGGGUACCAACAUGAUGAAUAUAGUACAUUAUGAUUGCGGUUCACUAUGCAGUGGAUGUUCAACUGGGUUACAUAGAAGAGGUUGUAGGUAUGUGGUUUUCUUAAUGAAUAAUGGGAACACUUUCUUUUCCACACUGGUCCCAUUUAGACAGCUAUCGUUGGGUUCCUAUGUUGUUUUUUCAGUCAUCCAUGAAAGGAGGGGAAAGUGAGUGGGGGUCCUUGGUUGAAUCUACCUUUAGUAUGGAGCAUUAGAAUGACACAAUUUUUCAUGAAUGUGUCAUGUUUAGCAGCUGUAAGAAAAGUUUGUGUGCUGAAAACAGUAGGGAACUGAGUUAAUCAAAAAGACAGAAUUUUUAUUGCCUCAUGAUUUCAGUGUGGUGUGGGGGAGGGUUUCUUAUUCUGUGAAGGAAAAAUGUGGUGAAGACUAUAAUGAUUGUUGGGUUUGCCUUGUACUUUUGUGUAUUUAUGCCUCUCAGCUGCUCUCUGUUCUACAACUAAUUCUAAUAAUGCUACCUCUAUUAAAGGCUACUGCAGUUGA